AUGCUUAUCGAAGGGCUCACGAUAAACCAGAGCCCGAUACGCCAUCCGAGACGUCUGAUGGGCUACCCGGGCUUACUUCGAAGGGCUCACGAUAAACUGGAGCCCGCUACGUCAGAGAUGGGCUACCCGGGCUUAUUGUUUGAGCCGCCUGUCUGUCGCAACUGCGUGGUGUCGCCCACCGGUUCAUCACCGCCGCCACUCCACGAGCAGCCGACAUCACCGCCGCCCCCCGCGCCGUCAUCACCGGUCACGUCUCCGCGCCUGCUGCCAUCACUACCGUCACCGCAGCCGAGCCACAGCGGUUCAUCCAUACCCAGCCAAUCCAACUCCCCCCACCCGUACUCUUACCCUAACUUCAGGCGGAGCCAACCACCGCCGGCCCAAAACUUCCCGGAGUACAACCUUCUACACAGCCACAGUGUGUCUCAGUUAAACCAACCGGGUCACAGUUACCAGUCUCCACAGUCCCCCCAAUCCGCUAUGUCCCUUUCUCCUCACCCAGUCCCGCAAGGAAAACUCAGGGGCUUGUUGGAGCACGCUGAGAGGCUAAUGAAGCCCGGUGACCCCCACAGGCAUUCGCAGAGCGAUGAUGACUCUGGAUGUGCUUUAGAAGAGUACACAUGGGUCCCACCAGGAUUAAGACCUGAACAGGUACACUUGUACUUCUCGGCGAUACCUGAAGACAAGGUCCCCUACGUGAACAGCGUGGGCGAGAGGCACAGGCUAAAGCAACUUCUGCAACAGCUGCCACCGCAGGACAACGAGGUCCGCUACUGCCACGCGUUGUCCGAUGAGGAGAGGAAGGAGCUGAGGCUGUUCAGCGCGCAGAGGAAGAGGGAGGCACUGGGCAGGGGUCAGGCGAGGCAGUUGCACGCACCCGCACCUUGUGAAAGGCAGGACGAAAACAAAAACAAAAAUGCUGCUCCUUUGAACAACGGUGUAUCUUACCGCAAUGCGGAUCGUGCGCUGAGACGUCAGCUG